CUCGUCCGAUGUGAUUGGCUGUAAGUUUUCGCGGAGUUCAGCUGAAGUCGUGAACUUGAUGUUCGCUCAAACAACAUAUAAAGAAAAACGUGGGGUGCAGGCCGUCCCUGCAGUCAACUGAGCAACAUCGUCUGUCUUUGACCUGGGGAGAGAAUAAAUAUGGCAUUAAUUAACGGUUCACGAGCCAGUGCCGACAGCUGGGAAUCGCAUAACCGGAUGAUGCUGGACCCUCUGUCUACCUGUGAUCCCGAGGUGUUUGGCAUCAUCCGAAAAGAGAAGAAGAGGCAGACGUAUGGAUUGGAACUCAUUGCUUCUGAGAACUUCACCAGCCGGGCCGUCCUGGAGGCCCUGGGUUCUUGCAUGAAUAACAAGUACUCUGAAGGAUACCCAGGGCAGAGGUACUACGGCGGCACAGAGUUUGUGGAUGAGCUGGAGAGGCUUUGCCAGAAGCGGGCAUUGGACGUGUACGGCCUUGACCCAGACAGAUGGGGAGUCAACGUGCAGCCCUAUUCCGGGUCUCCUGCCAACUUUGCCAUCUACACCGCCAUAGUGGAGCCCCAUGGUAGGAUUAUGGGUCUCGACCUGCCGGAUGGAGGUCACCUGACCCAUGGCUUCAUGACCGACAAGAAGAAAAUCUCUGCAACAUCAAUCUUCUUUGAAUCAAUGCCCUACAAGGUAAACCCAGACACAGGCUACAUAGACUAUGAUCGUCUUGAAGAGAAUGCUCGUCUCUUCCAUCCUAAAUUGAUCAUUGCUGGAACAAGCUGCUAUUCUCGCAAUCUGGACUACGCCCGAUUAAAGAAGAUAGCCAAUGACAAUGGAGCUUUCCUUCUGGCGGACAUGGCCCACAUCAGUGGAUUGGUUGCGGCAGGGGUGGUGCCGUCCCCAUUCGAGCACUGCGACGUCGUCUCCACCACCACCCACAAGACCCUGAGAGGAUGCCGGGCCGGAAUCAUCUUCUACCGGAAGGGGGUUCGCAGUGUUGACCCAAAAACCGGUAAGGAGACACUCUAUAACCUCGAAAGCCUGAUCAACCAAGCUGUCUUCCCUGGGCUUCAAGGAGGCCCACACAACCACGCCAUUGCAGGUGUCGCUGUUGCCUUAAAGCAGGCACUGACUCCCGAGUUCAAGGUCUACCAGGUGCAGGUGCUUGCCAACUGCAGGGCCAUGGCGCAAGCCUUGAUGGAGAAGGGCUAUAAAAUUGUCACAGGUGGCUCUGACACCCACCUCAUUUUGCUUGACCUGCGUCCCAAAGGCACCGAUGGCGGCAGGGCAGAGAAGGUUCUAGAAGCCUGUGCCCUCGCCUGCAACAAAAACACUUGCCCAGGUGAUAAAAGUGCACUGCGACCUAGUGGCCUAAGGCUGGGGUCCCCGGCACUCACCUCCAGGGGCCUCUUGGAAGAAGAUUUCCGGAAAGUGGCCGAGUUCAUCCACAGAGGCAUCGAGUUGACACUCGAGAUUCAGAAAGAAAUGGACCCCAAGGCAACCCUGAAGGAGUUCAAAGAUGCGCUGGCUCAAACCGAGAAAUAUCGGAUGAAAAUGAAAGAAAUUCAAGAGGAAGUAGAGGCCUUUGCUGGGAGAUUCCCCAUGCCAGGACAGCCAGAGCUGUAAACUGACAGAUGGCACAUUAAUCAGAUUGUUUUUCCUUUUUUUUGUGCUGUAACAGAAAUCCACCUUGUCUGUCAAUUUGGUAAUAACUGAGCCUUCAAAAGCGUCCGUCUUAAAGCUGUACCGCAACUUUUUACACGAGACACCAAUUUUUUUCUGCCAUGCUUACCUGUAAAUGAUUAUAACAAUAAAUGGCAUUUUUGCUGGAAGCAUAAAAUGCUCUUAAAAUAUGAACACUGUCUUGCUGAGGGUCUUAAAUUCCAUCUUGAUCGAAGUGUGUCCUGAUUAGAGGGGGACCUGUUAUUUAGAAGCUACUGAUUUAUUAUAAUUUUUUUAAACUCCAAAAUUUGUUUUGAAUAACAAUUGCGUAAUCAUGUUGCAGCUUUGCCACCAAUGAAUUGCACAGUUACUUCAAGCUCAUGAAUUUAAAUAAUAUGUACUUGUAACUUGCUUUCU